AUGAAUGCUCCACAGAUUAGUCUCUAUGAACCUGGGACAAUACUGACUGUCGGAUCGCAUCAUGCCAAGAUCAUCAAAUAUCUCACGAGUGGUGGGUUCGCACAAGUUUAUACUGCUGAAAUUUCACCUCCUGACCCAUAUAGCAAUGCCACUAUAGCAUGUCUGAAGAGAGUCAUUGUCCCGCACAAACAGGGUUUGAAUACUUUGAGAGCUGAAGUAGAUGCCAUGAAGCUCCUUAGAAAUAACAAGCAUGUGGUUUCUUACAUAGACUCUCAUGCUGCAAGGUCUGUAAAUGGUAUUGCAUAUGAGGUGUUUGUAUUAAUGGAGUUUUGCGAACGUGGAGGCCUUAUAGAUUUUAUGAAUACCAGAUUGCAAAACAGAUUACAAGAAUCUGAAAUAUUAGAAAUUAUGAGCCAGACUGUCCAAGGCAUUGCUGCAAUGCACUCCCUACAACCGCCAUUAAUUCAUCGAGAUAUUAAGAUUGAAAAUGUACUAAUCUCUCAUGACGGCUUGUAUAAAGUCUGUGAUUUUGGUUCUGUUUCAGGUGUGAUCAGACCACCUAGAAAUACACAAGAGUUUAAUUAUGUUCAACAUGACAUCCUAACAAAUACUACAGCUCAAUAUAGAUCACCUGAGAUGCUUGAUCUUUAUAGAGGUCUGCCUAUCGAUGAAAAAUCUGAUAUUUGGGCUCUUGGUGUCUUUCUUUACAAAAUAUGUUACUACACUACACCGUUUGAAAAGAGUGGUGAGGCCGGUAUACUACAUGCAAGAUAUCAGUAUCCACCUUUACCUCAGUACAGUGACAGAUUAAAAAAUUUGAUACGUCUGAUGUUAAUGGAAGCACCAUCUCAGAGGCCAAAUAUUUGUCAAGUUUUAGAGGAAGUUUCCAGACUACAGAAUAAACCUUGUCCGAUUAGAAAUUUUUACUUGUUAAGAGCAAUGAAUCAGAAUGCGCAGUUGGUGAGUGAACCACCUUUGACGAAUUAUGUUCCAACACAGAAAUUCCUUCCAGUACAAAGCCUGCAGAGCAUCGAGCAAACGCCAAAUAUGGUCCCUGUAAGUCACGUCAGGACUACUCCUAAUUUGGGUAUAUUGUCUAGACCUAUUAACGACAGCAAUAAGACAGAAGCAACGGCGCAAGCUGGCUUACAGCUUGGAAGCGAUUCAAAUUUGACUAGCCCCUUAAUGAAAACGAAAUCCGUUCCACUUUCUGAUGAUUUUGCAUCACUAUACUAUAGGGAGUUGCAUCCUUUUCAAAAGUCGCAAACAUUUAAGUCGGUAGAUAAUUUCCAAUCCCCACAAAGGAAGUCUAUGCCUCCAUCAUUACUUGCUCCCGCUAACAGUAACAAUUUAGAUAAAGCUUCGACAAAAAAUCGCCCAAACAACUACGUUGAUUCUGAGACGCAAACUAUAGAUAGCAAGGCCGUGCCUAACUUAAAAUUAUCUCCCACUAUUACGAGCAAAUCAGUGAGCUCCACAAAAGAACCUAAUGCUCUAGAGAAUGUAAAUGGAAGCAAUAUUGUGCGCUCUCUAAGCUCCAAGUUGAAAAAAGUUAUCACUGGGGAGUCUCGUGGCAAUUCCCCAAUUAAAUCAAGGCAAAAUACAGGCGACAGUAUCAGGUCUGCAUUUGGUAAGCUUCGUCAUGGGUUUACAGGAAGCUCAGUAAAUAAUAGCAGGUCAGCAUCUUUUGAUAAUAACAAUGGCAACGGCAAUGGCAACAACGUGAACAGGCGAUUAGCUUCAUCGUCGACCUUGUCCUUUCCUAAUUUUAAUUCGGAUAUCAAAAGGCAAGAGGAAUUAGAUAAGAAACAGCAACUGGAAAAACGCCGUAGUAUGCCUCCUUCAAUUUUGUCAGAUUUUGACCAGCAUGAAAAGAAUAACUCGAGAACUAGAUCAAGGGACUAUUACAGAUCUCAUUCUCCAGCGAAGAAACCCCAAGCGACAGCUAAAACGGCACCAAAGCCCAUUUUGAAACCAGACGAUGGCGAUAUUAGUAUAAAUCAAGAAAAGAAGGAAUCGAUCCAGAGAAGAGUGCAUAACUUACUAAAGAGUUCUGAGGAUCCUUUAACAUAUAAAUCCGCAUCAGGUUAUGGUAAAUAUACAGACAUUGACGUAGAAACUACGAAUCGACAUUCAAGUGUAAGAAUAACACCAAUUACUGAAGAACAGUUUAAGAACAACCACAAGAAUGCUGCAGCGGACAAAAAAGUGAGAAGCAAUGGUAAAGAUAAAGAUAAAUCAAGACCACCACGCCCACCACCAAAACCUUUACAUUUAAGAACAGAACUUCAGAAGAUAAGAAACUUUAGUCGUUUGCAAUCAAACAAACUGCCAGUUGAGAGAAUUUCCAGCGACGCCACAGAGACUAUUGUUGAUGUUAACGUGGACGAGUUAGAAGCCGAUUUUAGAAAAAGAUUUCCUAGUAAGGUGUAA